AUGCUCGACCCGCAAACGGUGCAGGCUCAGUUCGAGGCUCUGAUCAAGUCCCAGCUUGGCCCGUCAGCCCAAGGCGCCUCGCUGUCCGAAAUCGCGGCCGCUGCUGCCGCCAUGUUGUCGCCGAAUGCAGACCCGAGCAGCCGCACCACUGGCGAAGUGUUUGCCAGCGACGCUGCCUCUGCCGGUGGAAAGGCUCUCGACCCCGACGCGCCUGCUCCUCAGCACGACGCUCAGGACGGGCCCGCGCAGGAUAGCUUGAUCAGCGCGGACAAAGCCGUGCAGCCGCCUCCGGUUGCAGAACCCGACGUCCAUCCUGCGUCAAGAGGCACAAAGAGGCCCCGGCUCGACGACGAUGCCGAGUCCAAGUCGCAGAGGCUGCAGCUCGACGAGGAUGCCACGACACGCUUGCUGAGGGAGCUCGAGGCCGUCGCCAACGGCUUCACAGCGUCAGCUCCAGCAGCAGGCUCGCCUGUGCCGGCGUUGGCGUCCGAACCGGCGGCAACAGGGUCCACGCUCGCUCCGACGAGUCAACAUCCGCAGGUCGAUGCCGUUGUCGCCGCAGAUGGUACCUCUACAACUGCCUCCGCCCCUGCCGCCGCCACGGGCAGUCCGAGCGUUCCGCAAAGCUUUCAGAACACAUUCGCUCAGUACCAAUACCCGCAGGACCACCACCUCGCAUUUAGGGGCGUGGUUCGCGCAUCGUCCGCUGAAGAGCGACGCCACCCGUCAUCCUCGCAUGGCAGCGGCACGCCGACCGAUGCUGCCGACGGUCACGGCGGGUCGUCGACCGGCAUGACUAGGGAGGAAGAGGAGAGGGCAGCCGACGCGCUCAUCCAGGACAUUGACGCCGUCGAAGCGGCCACGAGCGCUCCAGUAUCCGGCGAGGCGGAAUCAGCAAGCGCCACAGCACCCGCUCCGGCACCCGGAGACACCGAUGCCCCUCCUGUCUCUGCUGGCGAGGAGCCGCAAAAGGAAGUCGUCGCCAGCGCGGCCGAGUCGACUUCCAUCAGCGAGGAGCUGGCUGUGCUCACGCGCGUCGCAGCAGCGUUCAUCGGAGACGGUAAUCCUCUCAACGGCGACGAAGAGUCGCAGCGUGCCCUGGCCGAGGCCGUGAAGCGGCUCAGCGCGCAGCAUGAGCAGGUCGUUCAGCAGGCGGCUGAGGCAGCGGCAGCAGCGGCGUCCAGGGCGGCGGCAGCGGCCGAGGCGAGCAAGUCCAAUGGGACCCGUGCGGGCGCGACGUCAGCAGCCACACCUUCAAUCGCCACCAACGGGGCCUCGCCAAACGCUGGCGAGAGCGGGCGCAGCCCCUCGGCACGCGGGAGCGGCAAGGUGCCGGUGAAGCGCUUCCAGUGUCCAAAGUGCGAGCGUGCGUUUGCGCGCGCUUUCAACCUCAACACGCACCUCGCGACCCACGACCCCGAUCCCAACCGUUCAAAGCCCUACCCCUGCCCCUAUCCGAGCUGCAGGUCCGAGGGCGGGCGCUCGUUCAGCCGCAAGCACGAUCUCCAGCGGCACGUUGCGAGCGUCCACGAGUUUGAACCGGAGCCUGGCAUCAAAGGCGAUCCCGGCGAGAUCCGUGGAGACACUGGCGGCCUGGCCAGCCUCGGUCUGGGAACGCCGGGCAAGAAGUUCCGUUGCGAGGCGUGCGGCAGGUCGUUCGUGCGUAGGGACGCCUGCAACCGCCACCAGUGCGCCGAGAGGCAGGGGUCCAGGGAGGCAGACGGAAGCGCUGGCCCAGAGGGCUCCGCCAGCCCGGCGCCCCGCUCCAGCAGUGUUCCCGGGCCCGGUUCCACGCCUGCCUCGGCGCCACCGUCAGUCUCGGCCUCGAUGCCUGCUCCCGGUCCCGCACCAGGAGGCAGCAGUGUCACACCCGCCGCGCCCAGCUCGACAUCCAGGGCUCAACCGCGCCAGAGCCCCAAGUCGGCCACGACGCUGCUCGGCGGCAACUUGGUCUCGCUUUACCAUUCUGGUCCGGCGAGGGACAGCGCGACGAGAUCGACGCAAGCGGCCUCCAAGCCACCAUCCUCGGCGGCAAGUUCGGCGGCGCAAAGGCAGCAACCCGGGGGUGCCACUGGAUCUACGCGACCGGCUCCCCAUGCUGCGGUUACCGGAGCGCAUGCUGCAUACUCGGUCAGGACAAUGCCAGCGCCCAGGCCGAUACUGCCAAAGGAGCCGUCGCAGCCGUCUCCGCACGCUGCCUCUGCCGCUGCCAUAGCGCCUGGCAAGCCGGCAGAGGCAGCCUCGGCAACUGUUCCAUCCGUGCCCCGCCGCCCCAGCCCGGCUCCACUCGCCGCUCCCAGCAGCGAGGCUGUCCCGGCGCCCGACCCCGGCGCCACGGCCCCGCCGCGGGAUGCGCAGACGGACGACGAGUCGGACCUCGACCAAGGCUUUUCGCAGGAGGUGCAAGACAUUGGCCGGCGGUUGCUGGCUCAGGCGCGGGCCCAGGAUCGCCGGCAGUCGUCGCAUCAGAAGCAAGCGUCGCUAACCCAGCGGCCGAUGGAGAAUCAGCAGCAGUCGCAGCAGUCGCAGCAGUCGCAGCCGCUCGCAGCGUCCACAUCGCCUGUGACCUCGGUCCAGUCGCAAGCGCCGCCGCCACCGCAGCAGCAGCCAGGACAGGCACAAGCGCAGGUCGCGACCCUGCCGCAGGCCGAGAAUCAGCGACCGGCUGAGGUCCCUGCGCAACCUCAGUCGCAACCUCGAGACGCGGCGGAGACUCGGCCCAUACUUCAGCCUCAGCCUCAGCCUCAGCCUGUGCAGCUUCCUCCUGCACCUUCCACCCAGCCUCAAUCUCGACCCGAGCCUGUGGUGCAGCCGCAGGGGCAGCAGUCGGACACUGCGCGUCCAAUCGCAACCGAUGGUGUCGGUGUCGGUGUCGGUGGCUCAGACGCACCGGCUCCUCCGGCUACGCAGGCUGCUCCCCCGACAACUACGUCUGUUGCUGCUUCGGCAGAUUCGGCGCCAGCAUUGUCGGUUGGGAGCGCCAAUAGAGAGCCUGCGACGUCGCAAGUGUCCCUAUCGCCACCUGUGAUGCAGGUGCAGCAGGCUCAGCAGCCCAUCUUGCCGCCGUCGCCGCCGCCGCCGCCGCAGCAGCAGCAGCAGCAGCCGGCUCCGCCGCCUACCUCGACCGAGACCUCUGCGAGCGCCAUUGAUGCCAGCGGCGGAAGCAGCCUCGUACCCCAAAACACCCUGAAGCUCGGCACUGCCUGA